AAUCCACCAAGUACUUCCGUCACAACAUAACUAUUCCGUCGUCAAGCUCGAACUUCAAGGACUCUCUCUAUCGCCGUAGUCAGAAUAUCGUUUCUGCUACCGUCUUCGUUCAGAAAGACUUUCGUUCUUUACAGCAAUCUCCGACCAACAGAAGGAUUUUCCACUUGCUGCUUGUUGUAAAUGUUCAGGUUGCGUCAAAGUGCUCUAUCUAGCCAGACAUGGCGUCAAUCCUCGUCUACUUUGCGUGGUACUCGCCGUCUCUCAUCUAAGAGUCCUUAUCUGAAGGUCUCUGAAGAGGUCCAACAAGCUAUUCAUGAAAAUCGACCCGUUGUCGCACUUGAGAGCACUAUCUACACUCAUGGUUUCCCGUAUCCGGACAACAUCGCCUUGGCUUCUCAUCUAGAAAGCAUUGUCAGAGCUGGUGGUGGCGUUCCUGCAACCAUUGGUAUUCUCGAUGGCGUAGCUCGUGUUGGUCUGGACGCUGAAGAAGUCAUCCGCCUUGCUGGUGCUGCUGGCAAAUCCGAUACUCUCAAGAUUUCGCGACGCGAUCUCGGCUUUGCUUGUGGUCUGGGUUCACCUGGAAGACGCUAUAAUGGCGGCACAACUGUUGCGGGUACCAUGAUCUUGGCUCAUUUGGCUGGCAUCCAGGUCUUCGCGACAGGAGGCUUGGGUGGUGUUCAUAGAGGCGCUGAGAGUACCAUGGACAUCUCAGCCGAUUUGACUGAGCUUGGUCGUACUCCAGUCGCUGUCGUCAGCAGUGGUUGCAAGAGUUUCCUCGAUAUCGGAAGGACUUUGGAAUAUCUCGAAACUCAGGGCGUACCAGUUGCCACAUUUGCUGACGGCCGGGAAGGCAAGGUCGAUUUCCCUGCAUUCUGGACGAGAGAAAGUGGCAUUCAAAGCCCUAUGAUCUUGAACGAUGAGAAGGUUGCCGCUGCAGUCAUUCACGCGCACAAGUCACUGGGUUUGCAGUCUGGAUUGCUCUUUGCAAACCCCAUUCCUGAAGCUUUUAGUAUCGCAAAGGCCGAGAUGGACAAGGUCAUCGAUGAAGCUCUUCAGGAAGCAGCACAAGCUGGUGCCACUGGAGCUGCUAACACCCCUUUCAUCCUUGCAAAGAUCAAGGAUUUGACGGGAAAGAACAGUGUCAAGUCAAACAAGGCUCUGAUUGAGAACAACGUCAGAAGAGGCACGUCGGUCGCAGCUGAGCUUGUGAAGCUACAGCUUGAGACCGAGCAAGAUCAAGCUUCAAUGUUUCAGCCAGCACCACAAUCGCAGAUAGUCGGACCUGGCUCCUCAAACUACACGACUUCCGGUGUCUCCAAGGCUGUUUCUAGCUCGGUUAAGAGCAAUACUGCAAUCUCUCCAACCGUAUUUGUGGCCGGAGCACUCGCUGUUGACUUCUCCUGUGAUUAUGCUCCAAUCUCUUCCACCGCAAGCAAAGAACCUGUCUUGCACACCUCCAACCCAGCCAAGAUCGGUCAGUCACUAGGUGGUGUAGCUCAUAACGUUGCCAGAGCAGCGAAUCUUGUAGGUGAUCCGGUGCGUCUUUGCAGUUCUGUCGGAGACGAUCUCUCAGGCAAAGCUGCUCUAGAUGCGCUUGCGACAGAAGGACUAGACAGCAGUGGUAUCAAGACCAAGAGUGGUAGCAGUACUGCCCAAUAUGUCGCGGUCAACAACGCUAGCAAAGAUCUGGUCAUUGCUAUGGCAGACAUGAACAUCCUGGACGAGCCUGCAGCUAAGCCUGGACAACCUUCGACUUCAACAUCCACAGCAAGCGAUACACUCAACGACUUUUGGCUGCCGCAACUACAACAGAGUAAGCCUACUCAUCUAGUCUUGGAUGCAAAUUGGCAACCACCAUCUUUGGCCCGUUGGCUCGAGGCCGCAAAGUCAAUUUCCGCACACGUCGCCUUUGAACCUGUGAGCACAGCAAAGGCCCUCAAAAUCUUUCAACUCCCGCCCAGAACACCUCUGCAAGUAUUCCCCAACCCUUCAAUCCAUCUGAGCACUCCUAACUCCAUGGAGUUAUCAGCCAUGUAUACAGCAGCACGCUCUCUUGGCUUCUUCGACCGCAAUGAUUGGUGGGCUGUGAUUGAUGCUCUAGGGAUCCCAUCAACAGGGGCUCGUGUAGCGAUGACUAUGGCAACGAACUCUGCUCUCGUGGACGCCGGGAUUCCUCAACAGACCAUCCAGCUCCUGCCAUUCAUUCCGACUAUCUGCGUUAAGCUCGGAGCGGAUGGUGUGCUCCUCACUCAAAUUCUACCUGCCGAUGAUCCGCGCCUGUCAGAUCCUGCAUCUUCGCCGUACAUCCUCAGUCGUUGCUUCAACCUGCCCGAAGAAUCUGCUGGCGUCGGUGGUGUCUACAUGCGUCUCUUCCCUGCUGCUGAGAUGGUCGAGGAGAAGGACAUUAUUAGUGUCAAUGGUGUCGGUGACACUUUCUUGGGCACUAUCAUUGCCGGUCUUGCUAAGCGGGGCAAGGAUGCAAAGAUUGAAGAGCUUAUCGAUAUCGCGCAAAAGGCUGCUGUCUUGACAUUGAAGAGUAAGGAGGCUGUGAGUCCCGAGCUCGCGAGUCUCAGAUCGUUAUUGUAAGUGGGUCGCAUCAUGCUAGGAAACAUUGUUGGACCGUAGAGGCAGACAGGUAGAGACAUGUAAGAUAGUAUAGCUUGAGAUCAGAAGUAAUUGGUCCACACAUUGACAGUCGUCAGCAUCUGUUACUUGCUUUGAGGCCAAUUUUGUCUGUGUGACCGAGAUUCAGAUCAUCUUUUUCACCUUUGAUCCAUGAACAGACCUUGGAUCGUGACGUUUACCAAUCAGAGAAUAUGGAAAUUAGUAUAUGGAU